AUGACGCACGAUCUCAAGCAACGAAUCCUCGGCGAUGCGCACAUCAUGCAGUCAGCAGGCGAACAGGCGCUCUCUGCCUUCAUCAAGGCGCAAAAGGCGUACGAUCGGAUGGCGCUCGAUCUCGCCCUCAGGGCGAGAUCGAGCGGUCAGAGUGGCACCAUCAACGACUAUGCGCAGCUCGUCUCGGUGUUCUCGAGGUUCGCAGAUCUGCAGGCAGCAAGCGUGGAGCGGCUGGUGUUGUAUGGAGCAGGUAGUGUCCCGCAGCUGCAGCUGGACGAGGUGAGGGCUGUACCGGGGAGGUAA